CAAAAACAUAAAGAAAACUCCUUAUUUGUGCUUCCUUCGCAUCGCGCUUCCUAAGCUUUGUCAAGCUCGCUAAAGUUCCCAAGCUCUCCCUCUCUUCCGCUUCUGACGCAGAGCCAUGGUUUACAUAGCUUCGUGGGAUGAAUUCGUCGAGCGUUCUGUCCAAUUGUUCCGUUCCGAUCCCACCUCCACGAGGUAUAACAUAAAGUAUCGACACUGCGAUGGGAAACUGGUUCUUAAAGUCACCGAUAACCGUGAGUGUCUUAAGUUCAAGACUGACCAGGCACAGGAUGCUAAGAAGAUGGAAAAGCUCAACAACAUAUUCUUCACUCUGAUGGCCCGGGGCCCUGAUGUGGAUAUAUCAGAAGUGACAGGCAAGGACCAGGUUGAUGCACAGCCAACCAAGAAAGGAAGGGGGAGGAAGCAAUGACUUCACAUUGACUACUGCACGGAUAGGUCACUUCCCCACUUUCCAAGGCUGCAUUUUGAUGCUCCUCUUGGUCUAAUUAUCAAAACCCAAAUUCUGGUAUCAAGUUCUCAGCAUGCUGCAUAAGAAUUUUCUUUUUACUUUUCACUCAAAACUGCUCUUCAAAGGUGAAUAGCGUUUCUUUCACAAAGCUCAAUUAUCAGGUUAAGUUGGAUUUAUUGUCUAUGGAGAUGAACUAACUUACAACAAGUGGGGUGUGGAGAUUUGGAUCUCCAACCUCAAGAAAAGUGCAUGUCAAUUACUAUUCACAGAACAUUGUUAUUUGAGUUUUAUGUCUCCUAAUUUAAACCCAACUAAAUUUA